AUGUAUUUUCCUUCUCAACAUCAAUAAUAGAAAGAAGAUAAAUAAAUGAGAUAUAUGAAAAUGAAAUUCAAAAUAUGUAUGAAGAAUUAGAAGAGUUUAAAAAAGAUAUAACAGGAUUAAUAAAUUACCAGAAUUUAAAGGAAUCAAGUCAAAUAUUUAAUAAGUUAAAACCUAUUUAAUAAGAUUAGAAUAAUUUUUAUUAAAAUCAAAUAAGAAAGUAGCAUUAAUCUAAAGAAUAAAUAUUCUUUAGGACCAAAUCCAAAGGAAAUCUUGAAAUAUUUUGAUUAUUAUGAUGAAGAAGACGAUUAUUAAUCCAGUGAGCAGGACUACUCAAAUUAAGCUAUUUUAUCUCCAGAAUAAUAUGCAAAAUUGGAGAAUUAACUUAUGGAAGAAUGUUAAACUUCAUAAGAUGAUGGAUUUUUAAUUGAAUUAGAGUAUAUUUUUAAUAAAGUUUUGUUUGAUGUACUAAAUGAAACUUUGGAUUACUAUAGAUCUUUUAUAUAUGGGAAACUUUAAAAUUAUUUUGAGAUGUUUUUUGAGUUAAUAGAGAUUAUUUAAAUUUGA